CCCCCGCGCGGCUGGGUCGGACGGAGCGGAGCCGGGCAGAACAGGGCAGAGCGCUCCGCUCCUCGGCGCGACACGGAGGCGGCUCGAGCGGCAGGAAUGAGGGGAGAAUCCUAUUUCUUUGGAAUGCGCAGCCUCAGUCGCUACAGCUGUAUCCCAGAGGAUGGGGGACUUUUCCUGCUCUACUCCAUAGAACGGGACAAGGAUAUAGAGAGAUGUUUUGCGGAGGAAGAGUUUAAUGAAAUAACUGAUUUUACCGAUCUUCCAAACUCUCUCUUCGCUUGUAAUGUCCACCAGUCAGUGUUCGAAGGCAAGGACAGUAAGGAGAAAUUUGAGGGCUUGUUCCAUGCCUAUGAUGACUGUGUGACUUUCCAGCUGUUUAAAAGCUUCAGGCGUGUGCGGAUAAACUUCAGUAGUCCUAACUCGGCUGCUCGUGCUAGGAUAGAGCUGCAUGAAACACAGUUCAGAGGGAAAAAGCUAAAGCUAUACUUUGCACAGGUCCAGACCUCUGAGACAGAUGGGGACAAGCUUCAUUUGGCUCCACCACAGCCUGCAAAACAGUUUCUCAUCUCGCCUCCGGCCUCUCCUCCUGUAGGAUGGCAAACAAUAGAUGAUGCAACACCUGUCAUCAACUAUGACCUUCUUUAUGCAGUUUCUAAACUAGGACCAGGAGAGAAGUACGAGCUGCACGCAGGGACAGAGUCCACCCCGAGCGUGGUGGUGCACGUCUGCGACAGCGACGCAGAGGAAGAAGAGGACCCAAAGAAUUCUCCCAAACCAAAAAUUAUCCAGACCCGGCGCCCCGGCCUGCCUCCUCCGGUAUCUAACUGAGUAUCCCCAGCAGAAGCAGCACUCCCCUCCUCGAGCUCGCCUCUUUCUUUCUCUGUUUGCUUGGUUUUGUUGAAGGGCAGCUGUUGCCACAUGGGUACUAGGACAUCCAGCUCAUUGAAAUCCCUUCCCUUUGACUAAGCCUAUCUAAUGAAAGGGCUAGGAAAACAUCUUUUGACUACAUAAGCAUAUCACAUGCCAUCUGGAAGGGGCUAAAACCAGCUGGGGAGGGGUUUUCACUGCAUAAUGCUGCACACCAUAACGAUAGCAGAGCCAGAAGUAUCACCAAGUACACUAGUGAUGGGUACAUUAGCUGGCAUCAGGACUAAUAUUCACACACCAGAACAUCAGUUUCUGCUCCCCUUCCUAAAGGAGGGCUCAAACCUGGCUUCCCCCUUCUCCCUCAUGUGUUACCUGGUUUUAUUUUAUGAGGUGGCAGCUUGAUGGCCUUAAACCAUUCCCCUCCACCUGCCAAGCAGGGGGGAGCCCACAGCUCCCCCUGGGAACUUGCUCUGGGGAGCAGCAAGUUCACUACAUUUUUCAGCAAUAGUAGAAGGAAUGAAACACUCCUGCCCCUUCAGCUGCAGAAAACACUAGCCCUCUCAUUCUGGCGGUAGUGUGCCGUGGGCAAUGGAGGCCAAAGCAGCUUAUGAAGGGUCAGAUGUCCUUCAUUUUUUUUUCUUCCAAUGAAAGAAGCCAGGCUGCCAGCAGUAGGGAAUCCUCACUUUCCCUCUCAUUAGGAGCAGUACUAGUGGUACUUCCCUCUCCUGCUCUCUUGAGUUUAAGGAAGAAGAAACCAUCUCUCGAUUGCAUUGUCUAUUCUUUGCUAUCUCACAGUAGUAGCAAACCCCAGGAGUAGGUAGGUUUCUGGGGUGGCUAAAUAGCCCUGACACUCCAGCUAUUAGCAAAUAUUUGCCCAUCUCAAAUAAUCAGCUUUUCCCUCCUUUGCUUGAUGUGUUUUAGGCCCAUAUUGAGGUGUAUGCAGUCUUUUUUCAGGCCAAAUAAAACAGGACCAUCAUUAAACUUGAACUUAAACUGCAUGAAAUUUACUUGCCUGUUUCACACGGUCCUGCACACCCCUGCCACUCACGAGAUGUGCAGAAUUACCAAUGCUUUCUUAAGCUUUCAUCGUGGCUGGUAGCAGGCAGUACUUAAGAGACAUCCAGAGUUUCUAUCUGGGCUGAUCCUCCACGUUAAUUUUUCUCAUGCGCACUCACCAUUUUGAGAACAUGCUUUAGGGAUCUAUGCCCUGAAUUUGCAAGUACAUAGGCAUGUGCUUAACUUUAGGCAUAUUAGUAGUUCCAUUGAAAUUAAUAUUAGAAAAAAAUUAAGCAUGUGCAUUAAACAUGUCAGGAUCAAGGCACAGUGAAUUGUAGUUCUGCUUCCCUUGAAGUGACUCAAAGCUCUUCUGCUCAACACUUGGAAGCUCGCUCUAGGUUCUGAAAGCGAUACUCAUUUCUGUCAUCAAGAUUCUGCCAUAAAACCUUGGGAGUGAGUUUCUGAGAGAAGGCAGGAUCUGAAUUAAUGAUGUGGAUAUUCAGGUUUCAGUAGAAUUGAGCUCACAUUGGUCUUGGCUUAGUAAAUUCAGAGGAGCAAAAGCAGAUUUGUCACUGCACUCUGCAGAAAGAGUGCUUAAAACACAUGGGGAGAACACAUCUGAGAGAGUAAGAACAGGCCAUUUUUAUACUUCCCUAACCAUUGCCAUUUUUGAGUAUUUUUGCUGAACAGGAGUUUUGCCUGUGCACAAACCUUAAAGCAGUGCUUCUCAGUGCAUAUGGGCACUGCUUUGCAUAUGAUAACACCUAGGUUAAACGAGCAUGUUCAGUGCAAAAGAAAUCGAUGUAUCCUAAAAGGGACUUGACUAACAGCUUUUUGGUAAGGAAGUAAAUGCUCUUUUAAAGAAUGGGUUUUCAGAUGUUUCACUUUGUUGCUUUACAGUGAUGCAUUCAAAAUUGAUUCAAACAGUGAAAAGUGUAUGAUUUUGAAUAACCAUGUACUCGUGGACUACAAUCUGAGCACUCUGAUUGCAAACAGUACAGAAAGCAACUUCGUACAAGGAGUACAAUCCUCUUUUUAGUCCCCAAGUAGAUGAAAAGCUAGUUUGAUAUUAGGACCCAUUGGUUUUAGACAGGAUUACACUUGAAUAGUACUUUUACAUGAGGGUUAAAUUGAACACAUUCCUCAGUAAAAUAGUCGCUUUGACGUGGAAGACAUUUUAAGACCAGAUUCUCAGCUGUUCUGUCAUCAUAGUUCCACUGAAUCCAGUGUACAUUAACUGAGGAUCAGGGGGGCAAACUUAGUCCCUGUAACACAUCCAAACUUUUGGGAAGUUUGGAUCUAUAAUGUUUAGGUGCCACUCUGAUUCACACAUCUUACUGUGAGUGAUGCAGUUUUAGUUCAAUGUUUUCUUAAAUGUCUCAUCUCAAAGUGCACUAUGGGAUACAUGUAUGAGGAACAGUUAAAAGUUGGCUCUGUUCACUGACUACUCUCUGUCCUAAAAGUGGGGCUGUCGGAUACUAUCCUGGAAGGAGUGGGAAACAGCUUCAUUUCUAAUCCCCAGAAAUGUAACCACAGUUAGAAGAUUGGAGUAACUCAGACAACAUCCAGUGGCAGCUGCAGUCAAGGUUUAUAAAUCAUCCAGUGGCAGCUGCAAAUCAAGGUUUAUAAAUCACUUUAUAUAAAUUGCCUUUGGCAAAGAAAAAUAAUUCUGAUGAUAUAACCUCACUACCAUGACACUAAGAGCAUUUGUAAGUUUGUCGAGAGAGCUUUGUGUAUCACCAGCAGCCAAAUCCCGACUGGUGUAAGAAACAGGCUUAUGACCAUUUUGAAUUGUAAAUGUUUAGGUAAAAUUAGGAGUUCAGAUCAUCUGUUUCCAUAGUAGGCGAAACCCUUAUUGACUUCAGUGGGGAUUUAUCUGUGUAGCAACUACGGACUCAGCUACUGUCUUUCACUUGUCUGUUUGCAACACUGAGAAACUGAUUCUGCUUUGUAACUGCUAUAAAUCAGGACUAUUAGCUGCAUGACAUGACUCCUAAUUCGUGUUGAUUUCAAUGGUUAAGAAAUUCUCCCAAUUCUUUUAAUUUGCUUUCCCAAUCAGAGUAAGACACUAUUGAAAUGGUUUACCAGCAGUGAAAUGGCACCCUCUUGUGGCUCCUUUGAUCACAUUUCUGGUUAGAAAUGAAGCCAAUAGUGGAAGAAGUCUACAAGUGCUGUUUCUGUUCUCCUCUCUCGAUUUGUCCUCUCCAGUUUUCUCAGAAUUUAGACUCUUAAAUAUACAAAUACGUAUACAAGGUAUGUAACCACCCUACAGUCAAAGCAAGGAGUUCAGAUAUUUCAAAUGAGAAGUGUGGAGAAUGUGUAAAGCCCUAGUACCCCCCUCGAGCUGCUGGAGAAACCCUCGAGCCCUCGUGGGGUUCUUGUCAUCAGUGGAAUAAUGCACUAGCAGGUCUUCAUGCUCAAGCUGAAGGCAUUUCUCACUUACAGGUCUUGUGGCAAAACCAACCAUCAAAGCCUUGCCCCACUGUCUGACCGAAAUGGAUCUGUCCUUUUGUUAAACCUUAAAUAAGGUCAAAAUAUGUCAAAACCUGCUCUUUUCACAUUUAUUUUGCUCCCAAUUUGGCUAGUUCUCUUUUUAUUCAGCAACAGUGAAAAAGGCCUUUCUUGAGACAAAGGGAAUGUCUUGCGAUCGGCCGUUAAGUCGUUGUGCAAGAUAUGAUUACAGCCCUGUGUUCUCAUACUAUAACAGUUAACCAUGUAGCAGCAUUUCCAUUAUUCUGAACACACUUUAAAAAUAUUCUAAUUUUAUUUUAUAGGAGUAUUAAUGUUAUUAGCUAAUGAAUCACUUUUGCACUUGUAUAACUGAGAGCUUAGUUUUAAAAAAAUAAAUAUGGCAAACAAGGAGUUCUUGAUGUGUUCUUCUUGCUUUGGCAUUUUGAAAAGGGAUCUUUAAUGCUAAACUAUUCUGAUGAUCUGGCUAGCGUGAUGCUCACUGCUGGAUAGAUCAGAACUGCUUAAAUGUACAUCACAGGCCACGUACUGGAGGUGAGUUAAAGUAACCCUGUGCUUUUGGAGGAGGAAGUUAAAGGAAAUGAGUAACAAUUGCAAGCUUGCUCUUCAGUCACUGUUGUUCUCUGGAGAAAUUAUGACUUAAUUCCUGGCAGAAUAUGAAGCAAAAUUCAAAUCUGAUAUAUAAUGCUGUGACUCCAGUGACUUUCUUGAAUUUGCACUGCUUUAUAUCCUACCAUAACUGAAUUUGCCUGGGAUUGUGCACAAGCAGUAUCUUGCAUCACUCCAAAAGAACAAAUAUGUGUCCCUGCCAACUUGAAAUGGUUCCACAGAUACUGUUAUAAAGAUAUGGGCAAACAUAGUGGGUGUGUGUGUGUGUGUAUACCUAUAUAUAUAUUUAAAUAGGUAUAUAUUAAAUAUAUUAAACACACACACACACACAUACAUACAUAUAUAUAUAUAUAUAUAUAUAUAUAUAUAUAUAUAUACACAUACACACACAUAUAUAUAUAUAUAUAUAUAUAUAGAUAACUUGGCAUUGAGAUAAUACCCAACUUAAAAAAUAAAAUCUACUAACAUAGAUUAGCAUACCUAUUGCCAUAAAAUACCAGAGUACUGGCCUGCGGUUUACUAUGUCAACUUUUGUAAGGUAUUUUUCUUCAUCUUCUGCAACAGUGUUGAAGUAUUGUGGUUGAGGCAGAAGACUAGGAACUCAGAGAUCUGGAUUCUCUUAACUUCUCAACCAUAGAUUUCUUGUAUUUGACCUUGUGCCAGUCACUUAGGUCUGAAUUUGCAAAAGUAACUAGUGAUUUUGAUGCCCAAUUUGAAACACUGCAAGGGGAGCUGAUUUUCAAGGGGAAAAUGGGGAUUCUUUGUGAAAACUAACUCUUAAGAACUGAAGCACCCCAAGCUCUCAGUAUCUGAACUGUAAAAAGGCAAUAAUUUAUCAAAGGCUUUGGGAUCCAGGGUUGCAAUAUCUAUAUAACCCCUCACUACUUUUUAGGGUUAUGCUGCAUGGGUACAGCAUGCAAGCUACAAGUAAGAUGUUUUAUCUGAUCUUUCUUUUAAUUUAAAAAUAGUCUCUGUGCAAUUUGUUUCCAAUAGUGUGUGGAAAGGAAAACUACAGACCCUGAAAUCAGUUCAGAGGUUGCAAUAGUGAAUACCUGGAUUUUCAGAGAGGCCUCAACUUGGCCUCCAUAUGGGCACAUCUUCAUAACAAAAUGCACAUGCACAAAACUCCAAUAGGUACUAAAUCCGCAGACAAAAAUGAGGGGUUACACCUCUGUAUUGGGCAUUAGCAUGCUCAAGCGAUAGCGUGCAGUAAGACUCUGAUCCUCCAAGGUGCUGAGUGACUCCCAAAAGUCAACGGGAUCUGAAGGCAUUUCUCACUUACAGGAUUUGGGCUGUGCCUUAUUGGCUCAGUCCCUGACUGUGUGCAGUCAGUUUUGCAAGUGAAGUUGUGCAAAUGCAUUAUUAUGGACCGUGCAUAGGGCUGUAUAAAAUACAAAGAUACUCCAUGGUCCAGAAGAGCAAGCAUUGGCUAGGACUGUUCUUGUUACCAAUUCACUACUUGCACCUAAGUCCCAGAGGGGCCUCAGCACCUUGCAAGAUUGGGCUUAAUGCUUUGUGCUGCCUGAUGACAAAAAGCUUGUGACUGAUUCAUUAGAAUAGUUGCCAGCUUCAGUACAACAAUUUAUUUGAGGAGAUCAUGACUCUGUAGUACUCUGACAUGGAGCUGGAACUAUUUUCCCUGGGAGAGGGAUUUUGAGCGGGUCAUUAAGAAUAACCUUGAUUAAAAGUAAAUACUGAGUCUCCUGCUGGCCAGCAGAGCUCAGAAUCACAGAACAAUACUAGCAGGCUUCCUCCUUUAUGUUCGGGAUCCUUUAAUGAACAGCAUUUAUAUGAAAUAAAAAAACAAAUCAGUGCUGUAGUUCUUUAGCCACCCCACUGAUUUAUGAAAAAGUGAAACCAUAUCUGAUCUUGAAGCUUUUGUACUCCUCUUCAAUAUCAGCAAUAUCAAUUACUAGAAUGUACUGGGUUUGCUUGUUGGAAAAAGCAAUGCCCAGAUUAAAAUUCUGCAGAGACCCUAGCCUUUCUUCCCCCCCAGCAUCAUGCUACUGUAAUCAGCAGUCCUGUUGGUAAGGAUUUUGGCCGUGUUUGUUUUAGAAAGUCUAGUAGCUCACACUUUUUCCUAGAUCCAUCCCUACAGAAGAUCAUCUUUGCAAGAAGAUGUACAGUCUGACUAAAAGCCUCUCUACAGGUGCUGCACCUCUGGGUAGAUGUGCAAGCAGGGAUUUGCUGCAAGAGCUCUCUGUUGUCUAAUAUGUGUAACUGGAGCCCCCUGUAGCUGCUUUGGCUGGGAAGAGAACAUGUGCAUCUAAAAGACAGCAUAACUGCAUUUCCCUUUACUCCCCAUGGGGCAGCGAGAUAAAGGAUCCUGUGAGAUCCUGAGUCUGCGGGAUUCGAGCUCAGAAGGCAUAAGGAAGCCUUCAAUUCACCUCAUUCCUUUCAUGAGGGUUAGGUUUACCUAACACAUGCACACUCCCAGAGCAACAGUAAAAAACACCCGUUGACUCUUGAAUACCAGUCUCCUGGCAAUACAGCAGCUACAGGACACUCAGUAGCAGACAUCUGGCUUGGGUGAGGACAGGGAACUUGAUCCUGCGAGGCACCGAUGAUCCUCACAGUCAAUAGGAAUUACAGACACUUAGCACCCAAAUAAAGACUUCAGGAUCUAACGCCAUAAAAUUUGGUAGCCAUGACAUACACAAUAUGGUCCAAUCUUGCUCUCACUGAAGUCAACAUGGGCUUUCCCGCUGCCUUCAGAGUAGGAUCAAGUGAGAAGAUGUAAACCGGUCUGUCUGUUAGACACUAGAAAAUCAGCCUUGUUUAAUACAUCAUUGAACGUGACUGGCCAUUAAUCUGGUGCAAAUUCAUUGUGUCUACAUUAGUGCUCUGACGACAUACACCGUUCAGUUUAGCAAAUAUUAAUGUUUUGAAUCUGUUCUACAGCAGCGUGCUCCACGUUCAGACAUUUCUGACAGGAAUGUUGUCAUCCUUAUCGACUGAUCCUUAAUGUUGAUUUGGCAAACUGUCUUAGUGUGGUUAGCUACAGAAGUAUUUCAUGUAUGUUAUGUGGAUCUGAGACCACUGCUCAUGUUCUCCUCAUUCAAGUGUCUGGAUUUCUGACACAGAUGUGACAUAUCUGUACAUAUUAUAAAUCAAUACUAUUUUUAACCAUAUAUUUUGUACAAAUAUUCACAUUAGCUCUGUACUUCAGUGGAAAUCUAAUCUGGUAUUAAACAUUUUGGUGGAAUUAA